UCGAUAAAUUUGCUGUGCUUUCUACUUUCACUGUCGAUCAUAGGGGCUAAUAUGCCUAAAGUGUUUUGAACAGCAGAACGGCGGGAAUGUUUGCGGAACUAUGACAAGAAAGUGAAAGUGUCUUAGUCGGUGAUAGAAUGGUGAAAUGAGGUUGUCUUUUAGAAAGAUUGCCUUUACUAUUCUUGGAGUGUAUUUCCUCAUAACGUGUUAUACUGGAUUUCUACUUUUCCGGCGGCGUCUUCACGCUGCCUACAACACAGUCAAAGAGAAACUCAUCCUUGACAAGAUUCAGAGUCUGUCAGAGAUCUCUGAUGAUGCCGAGUGGAACCCGUGGGGCGAAGAGUUUGAGAAUGAGCGGGACAGGUUGGUGCACCAUGAACCCCCUAAAAUACAGUGGGAGAUGGAACACUCCCUGGGGCGCAGUCCACUCGACAGCAAGGACAACACCACAGAAGAAUACAUAGUGGAGGUGUGGGGCAAGGCAGCCAUAGGCUUGUAUCUGUGGGAGCACAUUUUCAACAGUCAGUUGGAGCAGAAACUGGGUGGUGUCUGGAGCUUUGGUGUCAAGAAAAUUCAUAGCAUCAAGUUCAGAUUCCGAACUGGACCGGGUGUGAUUCCGAGCAAAGUCCCGCGUGACACGGAGAAUCUUGUCCUAGUUCUGAAUGGACGGGAGACGUCAAAGAUAGAUUUCGCCAAACUCUGGCUGGAUUUUCUACCCACUCUGCCCAACCUGAAAAACGCUGCCGUGAUCAUCCUGGGCAAUGAGCAGUGCAGAAACGACUGGUUGAAGCCUUACCUCCGGUCAAAGGGAGGACCGGUCAAGUUGUUCUUCCUGACCUAUGACAGCCCGGACAUCGACAAUACAGACUUCUAUCAGUGGCCAGUCGGUGUUGCCACGUACCGCGAGUUCCCCAAGGUGGACAGUGCCCAUCUGCCUCUGACGACCCACAGGAAGUAUCUGAGCAACUUCCUGGGCACCAUUUACAAGAACUCAUCACGUGAAGUCCUCCUCAAAACUCUGGAGGCAAGUCCACAUCAGAAGAGAUGCUACAUCAAACCUCGGAUGGUGUGGCUGCCUCAAGAAUCGGACGAAACCCGUGAGGACUACUUACGAGCCCUGGCUCAGAGCGACUUAACCCUGAACCCUGUCGGCAUCAACACCGAGUGUUACCGGAUCUACGAGGCGAUGUCGUAUGGAUCUGUUCCCGUGGUGGAGGACAUCAUGACCCCUGGCUCCUGCGGCCCAUCUAGCGCCUCAGAGGUUGCUCCUUUAAGGCUCCUCAAAGAAUUCAAUGCUCCGAUAAUCUUUAUCAAGAACUGGAGUCAGCUGCACGACAUCUUGGAGAAGGAGACCCGCAUGACGCACGAAGAUAAGAUCAAGAGACGGCAGAAAUUAAUUCAGUGGUACGAGAAUUUUAAAUACCUGAUGAGAGAGAGACUAGUUAGGGUUUUAGAAGAAAGGUUUUUCAACAUAAAGCGGUAGUGUGCACUGACCACCGUUUAGGGUUUAUUGUUAAUUAAUUAAUUAAGUUGUUACCGUGGUAACAUACCUAAAGUCUUUCAUCUCUCUGCUGGCCAGCAUGUUUGGUUUCCAUUCACAUAUCAAGGGGAAUAACUAGGUUGUUACAGGAAGAGGUUACUCAAAUUGGAUUGGUUGAAAUUUGGUGCUGCAUGGAUGACCCAAGCCAGUAUAUGUUCUAGUAAUAAUAUGUGAAUAUUACUGCGGACUCUCUUAUUUCUUGGGUGGCAAUUUUUGUGUUUUUAUUGAAUAAUCUUUAAUUGUUCAUUGUUAUGAGGCUAAACAUUUCUUGAUAGUGUAUUACUAUUAAGAAAAUAAAUAAACUACUCCAUCAGAAAUGCAGUUAUAUAGUUAUAUGGUUUCUUGCCUUGAGCAAAAAUCCACAGAAAUUGUUACUUUCAGAAAAUAUUGAAUUUGCAGUAGGUGUUACGUGUUAACUGUUAAUAUUUGUUAUUACACACCUUUAGAUGUUAGUUAUUCAUGAAUUUAAAAUAUACUCUGUUGGAUUUGUGAUGUUUACAUAAAAAAAAAAAAUUAUAUUAAAAAUUAAUAUUUUUUAUUGUAACUACUGAUUCAUACGAGAUACAAUUUCUUCUUUCUCUCUUCUGUUUUUGAAUUUAAUAAUGAAAGUAAUUUUACAUAAAAUGUUAUUCAUACAAGCCCACUACUAAAAUGGUUGGAAUGUAGUGUUGGACAAAUGCCUGAGAAAGUCACUAGCCCAACAGAAGCUUUGGCUAAUGCCCUAUGUUUUAUAGUAAUAACUUCCAGUAGCCCAGAACAAAAAUUCACUAGCCGGGGUCAAGGGCUAUAUUGGAUUUGUUGAACCAUGUUGAUGUUGCAGUAAGAUUUUUUUUUUUUAAUUUGUAAAGGAUGGCCAGCCAUAAAGUUUCUGUUGGGUUUUUUUUGUUUUUGUUUGUUUGUUUGUUUGUUUGUGCUGAGUCAUUGCAUGAAUCUCAUCAUUAAGUUGUGGUCUGUGUGUCCAUUAAAACCUCUAAAAUUUUAUUUUACAGAACAUCUAGGUUAAUUGUGGUGUCUAAUUGUAUCAUACACUAUUGAAUCAUACACACACAGCUGAGUUAGAAGACUGACAGUUGUGUUAUCGUCAGUUACUGUCAGUGUUACUUAAUCAUGGCGUCUAAUUGAAUCAUACUUAGAAAGUUGAAUCAUACAUCUACAGUUGAUUUAGAAUAAUGAUGAUGGUUAUCUUUAGUUACUGUCAAUUAAUUAGUGUAUUUAAAUACUUGAAUCAUGCACAUAUAGUUGAGUUGGAAUGCAGACAGUGGUAAAGUUAUGUUGAAAUGACAAAUACAUGUACACAGAGGUUUUAUGUGUGUUUCUUGGGGGUUUUGGUGGAGGGUUUUAUGUUAACUUUUUUUUAACUGGAAUGGUGGUCAUUUAUUUUCUUUCUGUCAGCUUACUCUUCUACUGGGCCCACGAUUGGUAUAUCAAAGGCUGUGGUAUGUACUACCCUGUCUGUUGGAUGGUGCAUAUAAAAGAUCCCUUGCUGCUAAUUGAAAAGAGUAGCCCAUGAAGUGAUGACGGCCGGUUUCCUUUCUCAGUGUCUGUAUGGUCCCUAACCAUAUGUCUUGAUGCCAUAUAACCGAAAAUAAAAUGUGUUGAGUGCAUCGUUAAAUAAAACAUUUCUUUCUUCCUUUCUUUCCCUCUACCGAUUACAUUACAGUUGUUUGUUGUGUCAUCAAUAUGUAGUUUCUGAAACAAAACCAUGUCUAACUAAGUUUAAAUGUUUCCUGUGCAUUACAAAACAGGACACUGAAUUAAAAAAAAUUAUAUGAAUAAAUAAUAAAUCCAUCUUGUAUACCAGUGUAUGACAAACCAUUUUUUUUAUCACCAAUGUGGGCUUUUCCCGUUGCAAUAGUUUUUGUGGUACCGUAACUAAAUUGCUGACAAAAAAUGCAAGUAAUGUUUUCAAAGUGUGUUAAUUUUCUGUUACUACCUCCAGAAUAAAAUUUUUGCUACUAAUAUCAAUUGACUGGGAAAUUAUUUCCAAUAAUUAACCAUAAUCAUUUACAAAAUAUAUAAAUAUAUUAUUGAUUUAAACAUACAGAUGGUGUUUUUUGGGAGGGGUUUGGGGGGAGGUGUGGCUUGUUUUAUAUGUAUUGUUUGUUUUCAGGCUUGGGGUGGGGUUUUUUCAUAAUACACAUUGUUUUGUUCAUUCCAUCUCCUUAGAAAUAUGAAUUGAUUGUAUAUCAGCAUUGUUAAGUGUUAUUCUAUGUUUUGUUUUAAGCUUUAGUUAGUAAAUGUUGUUUUAAGACACUUUAUAUAUGUAGUUGUAUUUAUUUACCAGGAUGAUAUAAUAUGAUUUAAAAAAAAAAAAAUUGUUAUUGGUUCAAAACAAAAACAGAGAAAAUUACCUCAGAUUAUUUCCAGCAUCCGGAUUUUUAUUUAAUGUUAUUUAAAAAGAACACAAAAACUAGCUAUCAGCUAUGCUUGCACUUUUGCAGCUUUGUAUAAAAUGUUUCUAUAAAAAUCAUAUUACAGUGUGUUUGUACACCAUAAAAAAAUAAAAAAAGAGUUCAGAUAUGUAGUUAUAUAUUCUGCCAGGUGUUUUCUAGUAAAUAAAUAGAUGUAUGUUAUUGUACUAAGUCAUUUUCAGUCAGUAAUUUAAUAUUUUAUAGUCUGAACCACAUUGUUAACAACUAUGAUAAAUUAUUCUCCUACGUUUAAUUACCGAUAAAUUUUACCCACAUCUUGUCCAGACAAAAAUCAUUAAAAAAAACAUUACAAUCAUACAAAUUCCACACACUAGAUGAUAAACAUGUCACCUAUCUCGACUUCGCUAAGAUCUCCCCUGACAAAAACCAUGUACGUUUUUGCUUUCUGCCAUUUUACUUUUUUAUGGAAUACUCUUCAAGAGAGGUCGAAGCCUCCGAAGUAUGUGACAUAAUUAAUAUGACGUUUUCGCGAUUGCUUUUACAUCAUAACAUGUUAGAUUACAUCAUAUCCUUUCUUGGAGAGUAUUCCAUAAAAUGGUAAAAUG